GAGAAGAAGGAACGAAGAAGAAGAAGAUGAAGCUCUCUAUGUUUCGAUUGAGCUAUUGGAACCGUCGAGGAAGUAGUUUCCGAUCAUCGCCUUCGUUGGAUCCCACAUUCGACGGAAAAUCUCCGUCGUCUGUGUUUUGGUUCGUCAUUCAUGGUCUCUGCUGCUUGAUCAGCUUGAUUUUAGGGUUCCGAUUCAGCCAUUUAGUCCUCUUCUUCCUCUUCUCGACUUCCGUCACCAAUCUAUACACAACGCCUUUUCUCUCCGCCGCUAACGGCGGUGUAAGCCAGCUUCUCCGGCUAAAACCUCUGGAAACAGUAACUAACAGCACGGUGAAGAAGAACUCUCGAGUGGUGGUUGGAAGACACGGGAUCCGGAUCCGUCCUUGGCCUCACCCGAAUCCGAUUGAGGUCUUGAGAGCUCAUCAGUUGCUUGUGAGAGUACAGAAAGAGCAGAAAUCGAUGUACGGUGUGAGGAGCCCUAAGACUGUGAUUGUGGUGACGCCGACUUAUGUACGGACUUUUCAGGCGCUUCAUUUGACCGGAGUUAUGCACUCGCUUAUGCUUGUUCCGUACGAUUUGGUUUGGAUCGUUGUGGAAGCUGGUGGAAUAACCAACGAGACUGCUUCGUUUAUCGCAAAAUCAGGAUUGAAGACGAUUCACUUAGGAUUCGAUCAGAAAAUGCCUAAUACUUGGGAAGAUCGUCACAAAUUGGAGACCAAAAUGAGACUUCACGCCUUGAGAAUUGUGAGAGAGAAGAAGUUAGAUGGGAUUGUUAUGUUUGCUGAUGAUAGCAAUAUGCAUAGUAUGGAGCUUUUUGAUGAGAUUCAAACUGUGAAAUGGAUUGGUGCUCUAUCUGUUGGUAUACUUGCUCAUUCUGGCAAUGCAGAUGAAUUAUCAUCGGUCUUGAAGAAUGAACAAGGGAAGCAUAAAGAGAAACCUUCAAUGCCAAUCCAAGGUCCUAGUUGUAAUUCCUCUGAGAAAUUAGUGGGCUGGCACAUUUUCAACACUCAACCUUAUGCCAAGAAGACUGCGGUUUAUAUUGAUGAGAAAGCGGCUGUGAUGCCUAUUAAGAUGGAAUGGUCAGGGUUUGUGUUGAAUUCUAGGUUGCUUUGGAAGGAAUCUGUAGAUGAGAAACCAGCAUGGAUUAAAGAUCUCAAUUUGUUGGAUGAUAACGAGGAAAUUGACAGUCCAUUAUCUCUGGUCAAGGAUCCUUCAAUGCUGGAGCCACUUGGAAGCUGUGGCCGUCGUGUCUUGCUUUGGUGGCUUCGUGUUGAAGCUCGAGCUGAUAGCAAAUUCCCACCUGGCUGGAUCAUAAAGUCGCCUUUGGAAAUCACAGUACCAUCAAAGCGGACACCUUGGCCAGACUCUUCCUCAGAGCUCCCAGCGGCGAUCAAAGAAGCAAAAAGCGACACUAAGCCAAGAGGAUCAAAUAGCAAGAGCUUGAAAGGGAAACAAGAACCAAAAGCUUUCAAUGGUGUCAAAGUAUCAACAACUAGUUGAAGAAGACGUGAAAGAUACUAAACAUUGACGGAAGCUUGAAGCUUCUAUAAAUAGAUCGAGUUCAU